AGCGGGGAGCCCGCGGACCUUCGGACGCAGCCGCUGCUUUAUCGUAUUACCAUCAUCUAAAGCCACGCGCGCUGAUUUGCACCGCCCGCUGCGGCGGUCUGCGCUCAGCCGCUCAGGGCUUCGUACUUUGCUGUUCGGUCCGGGAUGAAGUUCUUCGCUCUUUGUGCGCUGCUUUCGCUCUGCAGCGCCACCAGCACGGCAGCUGCUGGAGAAUUUGUAUCAUUGGCAGAGAGGGAGGACGCCCUGCUGAGGGACCUGUUUCAGGGCUACCAGCGAUGGGUGCGGCCCACCCAGCACUCGAACAACACAGUCAAAGUGCGCUUUGGCCUGAAGAUAUCGCAGCUUGUGGAUGUGGAUGAGAAGAAUCAGCUUAUGACAACAAAUGUGUGGCUCUGGCAGGAAUGGAUAGAUUAUAAACUGAGGUGGAACCCAGAGGACUACGGCGGUAUCACUUUCAUCAGAGUUCCAUCAGAGAGCAUUUGGCUGCCGGACAUCGUUCUGUAUGAGAAUGCUGAUGGACGUUUUGAAGGCUCUCUAAUGACCAAAGCCAUUAUAAAGUAUAACGGCGCCGUCACUUGGACCCCCCCGGCCAGCUACAAGUCUGCCUGUACCAUGGACGUCACAUUCUUCCCAUUCGACCGGCAGAACUGCUCCAUGAAAUUCGGCUCGUGGACCUAUGAUGGGACCAUGGUGGACUUGGUGCUGGUGAACCACCAAGUGGACCGCAGUGACUUCUUCGACAAUGGCGAGUGGGAGAUUUUGAGUGCCACCGGUAUGAAGGGCAACCGACGUGACGGUACACUGUCCUACCCCUUCAUCACCUACUCCUUCAUUCUAAAACGUCUUCCUCUCUUCUACACACUCUUCCUCAUCAUCCCCUGCUUGGGCCUAUCCUUCCUCACCGUGCUGGUCUUCUACUUGCCGUCGGACGAGGGCGAGAAAGUCUCACUGUCCACCUCUGUCCUUGUCUCCCUCACUGUCUUCCUGCUGGUCAUUGAGGAGAUCAUCCCAUCCUCCUCCAAGGUCAUCCCCCUGAUUGGCGAAUACCUGCUCUUCAUCAUGAUCUUUGUCACCCUGUCCAUCAUAGUCACCGUGUUCGUGAUAAACGUGCACCACCGCUCCUCCGCCACCUACCACCCCAUGUCCCCCUGGGUUCGCUCGCUCUUCCUGCAGCGGCUGCCGCACCUGCUAUGUAUGAGGGGUCACACUGACCGCUACCACUACCCUGAGCUGGAGCCCCACAGCCCCGAGCUGAAGCCCCGCAUCAGGAAGGCUCCCCCAGGCCCUGAGGGCGAAGGUCAGGCUCUGGUCAACAUGUUGGAAAAGGCGACAUGUUCCGUCCGCUACAUCUCGCGACACAUCCGCAAGGAACAUUUCAUCCGAGAGGUGGUGCAGGACUGGAAGUUUGUGGCUCAAGUGCUGGACAGAAUCUUCCUCUGGGUCUUCCUCACUGUCUCUGUACUGGGUACCAUCCUCAUCUUCACUCCUGCCCUAAAGAUGUUUCUCCGCACGCCGCCUCCUUCCUCAGCUCCAUAGAGUCCCAUACUGAUUCUCACAGGAGAUGCAGUGGACCUUUAAGCUAGGGUCGGGUAUUGUACACCAGGUCUUUGUAGUGACUAGAAUUAUUUUGCACAUUCCGAUUCUUCAUUUCAUUACUCUGCUACAUGCAUGCCUUAGUCAUUUUACCUAUAGUGGAAGUGGUGCAGCACAGACAGCAAAGCAGAACAUUUCCACAAGGGUUUUGUUUUUACAGCAGUUGUGAGUGAAAAAUUCAAAAUUGCAAUUUAAGAGUGUGAAAUUCAGAUUUCAAAUAGCUUACAUCAUAUUUGCAAAAGCAAGUUUUAAAUGAGGAAAUUUGACCCAGAUACACUGGUACUCUGUCUUUAAGAGAGUCAGACCAAUCAGAAGCAGCCACGUGUUUUAUACAUGAAAACACAAUCACAACUAACUGGCAGCCUGUUGCAGAAAAGGUGGAUAUGCUAAUGCUGGC